AUAACAGAUGAAACCUAAAGGAAGGCGUAAAAAUAACUCAUAAUAUAUUUUUCACUCAAAGUCGAAGACAAAAUGAAAUAAAGACAAGUUUUACAAACCCUUCUGUCGAUGCUGUGUGGACUCGUACAACAGAUAUAUAGCAAUACAAUUUUCACAAAAAGUAAUAAUCGUAAAAAUAAAAUUUAACCAUGGCGCAAAACGAGCCAACAAAUUCCAAUGAUGGUGAAUCCUUAAAGAGUGUGUUUGAUAGUGCAAUGAAAUUGUUCGAUAAAGUGGAAACCGGCAGCGAAGCCACCAACAGUGAUGCGGUGCAGAUGACUGUAAAAACAGCAAUAGCCAACUUUGAGAAAGCUACCAACUUAGUAUCCAUGUCAGGCAUGUUUAGUAAAAAUGAAGCCCUAGAGGAGUUACCAACGGAGACUCUUCAAUAUCUUCUAUUGCCUGCACUAUUGGGAACUCUUACAUUAAAACUUUGCAAUCAGCCUAGAAAAGAUGUAAUAAAUGUGGCUGAAAUUUACUUCAAGGACUUCAUACAGCGAUGUAUCGAUUAUGGAGUCACAGAUGUUGAAAUUCCACAAACUGCUAGUGAUGAUAGUAAUGCCACUAGAUCUCAAACUGAACAGGCUAAAAUAGCUACCAUGGUGCUUUCACGUGAGGCGAAAAUAAAGAGAUAUAAUGAGUUGAAGGAGCUCAAAAACAAAUUAAGCACUUUAUCAAAAUCCAUGGAAUCUCCAAAUGUAGAUGAUCAGACAAAGAGAGAAUACUUCACAACCCUCUUAUUGAAUUAUGUGAACCAAGUCCUCGAUGAACUGAACAGUAUUGAACAGGAAAAGCCAAUUUUGGAGUAUAUGUCUAAACAUGCGGGAGAAAUAAAACCAAAACAUCGUGAGCGUGCCCCGCCCCUAAAGCCAGUUAUAAUAACACGUGAUGCGAUACAAAAGGCCGUGUAUGGAGCCGGAUACCCUUCAUUGCAUACUAUGACCAUUGAGGAAUUCUAUGACAAACGAGUCCAGGAGGGAACGUUUCCAGCUGCAUCAAAUAUUCCACACAAAACAAUACAGAAUACAGAAACAGAUGGAGAUGAAACUGAGCAAAUAAAAAAGGAGCAAUUAGUAGAAGAUGAAGAUCCCGAAGAGUUAGCACGCCAACGGAGUAUGGACGAAUACAAGGACGAUCACAGACGUGGAUGGGGCAACAGACAUAACAGGAGCUAGCCGAAUAUAGAUUAUAUUCUGUUAAAAAUAAAUCUCGCAUUGACGUUGACAGCUGACAGUUGAUUGAUUUUUUUCUAGUGGAUUUGUGAAUAAAAUCUCUUGUGAUCAAUUAAAAAAGUCUUAUUACAAGUUUCAGUAAAAAAACAAUUUACUUAAGAAUUUAAAAUGUCAAUUUGACAAAUCUCAGUACAUGUGACAGGCAAGAGUGAUCUUCUGCUUGCUUGUUCUGACCCAUCUUAAUUAAAAAGUUAAUUACUAAAUAUGAAUUCGAAGGAACUAUUGUCUAAUUUGUUCAAUUAGUGCUAUAUAGUCAAAUAUCAGAUAUUUAACGUUACAUUUGCCACUAAUGACUUCCUAAUGAUUCACUAUUUUUCAAUAUUUAAAAAGAAUUAGCAUUGUAUUUUAAUUGAAAAGUUUAGAAAAAAAACUAGAGAGUUAUAGUGGUUUGGCAAAUAUAAAUGUCACGAGAAUAAAAUAAUUUGCUUUGUUUAUUAGUUUAAAGCGCCCUCUAGUGACUACGUUAAAAAACAUAAUUGGUGUAGUCACUCAUAUGAAAUGUAUUUUUCGAUCUUAUAAAAUAAAACAAUU